UCUUUCAUGUUUGCGUCAUCAACUCAUAUUUCUAUCGGAGCAAAACAACAAUGGCAGACCAUGAUCCGUUUGACAUAAUAUACGAAGAAGGGGACGAUGAUCAGUCAGAAUCAGCAUCAACUCCAGACUACUCAAUAAAUUUACCCGACCCCAUUAUAAUUAGAGGCGCUGGAAAUGUCACAAUAUUUGGCCUCAGCAACCGAUUUGACACGGAGUUCCCUUCUGGUCUGGCAGCAAAGGUAGCUCCUGAGGAAUACAAGGCUACGAUAUCUCGUCUCAAUAGCAUGCUGAAGAAGGCCCUCCCCGUCAACAUCAAGUGGCUGUUCUGUGGCUGUAUAUGCUGUUGCUGUACUCUAGGUUGCUCCAUGUGGCCAGUUGUCUGUCUCAGUAAGAGGACAAAACAUGCCAUAGAAAAAAUAUUAGAUUGGGAGAAUAACCAUUUAUAUCAAAAGCUUGGACUACAUUGGAGGUUAAGUAAACAACGUUGUGACUCUAGUAGUAUGAUGGAAUAUGUUCUUUUAAUAGAAUUUAUCCCCAAGGUUCCUAUAUUUAGACCAGACUGAAGAGGCAAUGUUGUGUCCAAGGUGAAAAAGUCUGUCUCCUAAAGCUUACAGCUCCGCCAUAUUGUCAGAACUCACGAUUCGUUUUUACUUUCUUUUGUGUUGACCAGAUUUGUUUUGUAUUAGAAUAGAGUAUUCAGUCCAUUUUGGUACAGACUUGAAUGUCACCAUGAUGGGUUUUUUUGACAGAUUAAGCAAUAUAGUUAAAACAAACAAUGCAAUUUUGUAUGAAUGAAAAAAUUUGUGAUGACAGCUUGCUUGCUUUGGAUUUUGUGAAGAAGAAAGUUAGUGGGUAUAUGUAGUGUAGAUUUGUUUUUCACAGUGCAUUUUUUUAAUGCUUCAGAUUUUUUUUAAUUGAAGGCUUUGUGGAUCAAUGUUCAAAUUUCAUAAAGCACUGCCAUAGUCCUGCUCAAAUUAGAUUUCCUUUGCUUUUCUUAAAGCAUGAUGGGGUAUUGUAAACCAGCUAUUAUUUGCAACAUUUUUUAUUCAUAAUCAAUCAAUUUGAAAUCCAUCCAUGACAACUCCAAUUAAGAAAACAUUUUAUCUAAAUAAGAAAUUAAGAACUUUGCAUCAAGAAAAAAUUGUGAGAAAAUGGUUGCAACACCUGUGGAUAUUUCUCACAUGCUAAUAAAAAUUGGUUUUCAGUAUUCAUUUCUAGUGCUUGCAUAUCUUUUUAAAAAUUUAACUGAUGCACUGUUACAAGUAGUUAAUUAAAUUGCCAUGUUGUAAGAUUUAAUGGAAGAAAAAAUAAACAUAUAUAAAUUGCUAUGUAAGUACACAUAUUUUCUCUACAAUACAUUAAAAUCAAGCUUUAAUGAAUUUCCUGGGUCAGUCAAAGUUGCUUUAAAACCCAUGAGUCAUGUAAUCUUGAAUUUAUUUAAUUUUGGGGAAUCUGCCGUCUUUCUGUACAGAAUCAUAGAAUAAUACUGUGAUUAAGAUAAGUAAAUUACAUUAAUAUAAUAAAUAGGUUUUUAAAUGUUUAAAAACAAAAAAAUUAAUCAACCAAAGUCCUGUACAGAACCUUAUAAAUCAUGAAGUCACCAAAUGCUUAAUUUCUAAUUCAUUGGCUUGACCAAACUUACAUUCCACUGCACCAUAAUCUAUUAAUCAUUUUGUUCAUCGUUUACUGACAAUUCAAGCUCAACAUUAAAAGAGUGUUAGACUUACACAAUGUGUUCUCAUUUAAUAGUUAAUCUCACUGAGCAAGUGUGAAAGUCUCAUAGCUCUGAUCACAUCAAUCUACAACAUGAAUCUGAGAGAAUAAUUGUACAAGUUCAUGCUAUAAUGUCUGUCUAUUUAUAAAAAAAAAGAUAAAAAUUAUAACUGAAUUAUAUGUAAGGCAAUUCAGCUGAAAGAUAAGAGCACAUUCCAUAAAUAAAAAAAAAUAUAUGAUUCUUGAUACUCAUUUUCUAACAUUUUCUUUUCUUUGACAACAAUUACAUGCAAUUAUAUUAAAAUUAGAUGUUAGAUCCGCUUGCAUACUCGCUACACUAACAUCUAACAACAUCCCAUAGGUCACAUCAGAGGUCAAAUUCUAUCAACCAACCAAAUCGUCGCCUGCAAAAUCAUUAUUUAUUUGUUGAAAUGAAUAAGUCGAGACUUGUUCCAAAUUUGACCUCUGACAUGACCCUCUAUGGGAUGUUGUUAGAUGUUAGUAUAGGGAGUUUGCAAGCGGAUCUAACAUCUAAUUUUAAUUAGGUUGCAAUACAUGUAGUUUGAAGCCUGAUGAGGUUACCGUUUGAAUCAAAGUACGUGUGUAUAAACAUAACAGCUAUAGUUUUAGCAUAUCUAAAUUAUUGUUGGAAAUUUCAAAUGGAAAGUUUCAAGUACAAAUUGUAUAACCAUUCUGAAAUAUUGUCUGUGUACAGAAUAUAUUUUUGCUUAGUCUUUGUCAAUUGGUUAUUUUUGUCAUUACCUUCUGAGUGAACAAAAGAUUUUAAUGCAGCCUGAACGGGUACAAAAUGUAUUUAAGUGUACCUUAAACAUUCCAUAGGGAUAAAAAAUUGAUGUGCAUGAACAUGUAUAAACUUGGAAGAGCAUACUUUUUUUAAUUUGUUUAUAUAAAAUUAAAUAAUGUGCAAUUAAUAAAAAAAUUAAUUUUUUUUAAGGUACAUAUAUUUCAAUCCUUGCUUCAAUAUCUCUGAGAGUCUGCUUAUCUAAUUUUUUAAGACACAAAGUCAUGUUUUAGUGUAUACACAGCACAGACCAAUGUUGUUUCGUCUUUGCUGGAAUAAUAAAUUAAUUGUACAUGCUCACAUUUGUGUCUCAUACACAUUUUUUUUUUACUGUAACCAAGGUUGAAAAGUUAUUUGCAUGAAAUAUUGAGUGUAUAAUGAAUUAAAUUAAUAGCUUGAAUUAGCACUUAUCAGAUCUAAUAUACUGAUGGUCUACAUUUGUAUAUUAAUUGUUUAUUAAGGUACAAACUAGGAAUAAGCUACCUCAGAUUAUUAAAGCGGAUAAGAAUAAAUUUUAUUUUUAAUAUGUGAUACUGAUCAAUAGGGUUUGGAAGCAAUUCAUCUCACUUCUUAAAAAAAUCUUUGUAGUGCUGCAACAAAUGCUUGCAUUUAACUUUUUCCAUGGGAGAAUGAGGGGGAGAAAAUGAGAUAUAUGAAAAUGAGAAGGGAGCAUGAACAUUCAUUUUAAUCAUUUGUGUUAUUUUUUUGAGCAAUGUGUAUUAUAUUAUUCAUUUUGAAUAAUAAAGAAAAUUGACAUCAU